AUGGCUGCCGCGGUAAUUGGUGUACUCAUUCUUGUCCAAGAGACAGCAGAUACUGUUACCAGCAUUGUGAAAGCCAUUGAUGCAGUGGCAAAUUUAUUGGGACGAUUUAGCAAGCAGACAGAUCGCACCCCUCAGCUGAUGCAGUGCAUCGAAUUGGCAAAGACGCAAAUCAUAGAAGAGAUUCACAAGGCAGAACUUGAAAUCCGCCUUGAUACACUCUAUACGAGUGCUGAUGAUUGGUUCAAAACUCUACAAAAAAUUGUCGACCUUGGCGAGCAAGAAAAGAAGGGCACGAUCCAACCCCAAGAUCUCAAAGACACUCUUCGCGCCAUUUGGAUCGAUAUGAUGUCUACGAGCAAACGCUUGACCGAUGUCAAAUAUUAUUUUGAGGGUUCGCGACCCAAGCCGGCGACACCAGAAAUGCUGAGUAUCUAUAUCCUUUGCUACUCGCUACUGCACUCUUUUACUCUUGCGGGAGAUGCUGUAUAUGUUAAGAUGAAUGACAAUAUCACUCCCAAUUUUGUAACUGGUAUAGAGGAGCUGGAACGCUCGGUGGAUGGAACCGACAAUUUCGUCGCUGGCUAUAAAACCUUCAGAGGAAGUCAACUAGUCGUCAAGGAAUUGAUAGAACACGAAGGGGCGCCUUUGCACACCGGAGAUUUCAAAGUCUAUUUCGAUGGUGGUGGAGACAGCGCAAUUGAAAAUCUGACCGGCACCGUAUAUACUCUUCGUGGAUGGAAUAACAUCACGGCAAAGAUAAUUGAGAGGCGGUGGGCUGAGUCGAAAUUUGGGGUGGAUGUGCCUCUUAUCCUUGAAAAGUGGAACGAACUGCACGGGGAAGCAACAGGUUCUGCACGCCGCUUGUAUAAAAGACACAAGCCCAAUUAA